AAUUCCUCAGUUCCAAACUUGAGGGGCCAAAUUUCACUUGAUCACACCACGCUUUCAGGUUAGUGACGUCGCGAAGUACGAGGUACCGCCUUCGCGCGAAAGCAGGCACUACGCGCUUAUCUGUUCUUGAGAAAAAAAGAGAAUCCUCAGGUGGUUACACGAUCCUGAAGACGCUCCGGCAGCAUCCCUCUGCCCCGCGCACCACGCAAUCCUGACAGUCACCGAACCAAGUACCAUACCCUCGAGAGUCUGGCGCCGAGCACUGCCUCCCAAAUUAUGCCCGCCGAGAACAACGGACCCCCCAGUAACGGGGCUCCGAGCGGAAGCGCAGCCCCGGCCGCACGAGAUGGAACUGAGAACGCGCCAGCAUCGGCCAAGUCAACGGCCCCUCCCGCCGACACAGAAAAACUCACGCCGGCCCAGCUGAAAGCCAAGGCAAAGGCAGAGAAGGCAGCGAGGCGUGCGCAGGUGAAAGAAGCCAGGGCCGCUGCUCAAUCGGCAUCACCUGCCGGAGACAGAGGCGCCGCCGCAGAUGCGAAGGGAGGCAAGAGCAAAGGGAAACAGGAUGGGCAGCAGCCCCAGGGCAAGGGCGGGCAUUUGCAGGUGCAUCGCCCGUCAGUCAGCGGGCGGCGGCCAUCUUCGCCCAUGACAGAGAAGGAUGUUAGGAGCGCCAUCCCCGACUGUUUCAGCCAUGUGCCAAUGGCAAAGCGGAUAUCGACAUCCCAGGCGCACAAGGAUGUGCACCCCGCCGUGCUGGCCGUCGGACAGCAGAUGGCCACAUUUGCCCUUAACGAUAGCAUCUCCCGCCUCAAGGCAACUCUUUUGGCGUUCAGGAAGGUUAUCGAGUCGUACGAAACGCCAAAGGGAAACUCAUUGUCUCGUCACUUCGUCCCGCACGUCCUCAACCCCCAGAUUGAAUACCUCACCGAGUGCAGGCCAAUGUGCUUUGCUAUGGGCAAUGCCAUCAGGCUGUUGAAGGGCAAAGUCAACAAGUUCGAUAUCGACACGGCCGAGGACGAAGCGAAGGAAGGUCUCCUGGAGUGGAUCGACUUUUUGAUCAAGGAGCGAAUCACGCUGGCCGAAUACGCCAUUGCUCGGAACGCUGCUCAGUCGAUCAACGAGGGCGACACCAUCCUGACCUACGGCAGGCAUCGGCUCGUCGAGAAGACGUUGCUCGAAGCAAAACGCGACGGCAAGUCGUUUGACGUGACGGUGAUUGACGACCCUUUUCAGCGCGGCGGCCUGGAACUGGCAAAGACACUGCGGCAGGCCGGCAUUCCGGUACUCUACUCCCCAAACCUGGGCGGCCUACGGCCCAAGGUGGCCGCGGCGUCCAACGUCUUCCUGGGAGGAGAGGCUAUCUUUGCCAACGGUUCACUCCAUGCGCCGUCGGGGACGGCCGACGUAGCCAUGGCCGCCACGAACGCCGGCGUCAAGGUGAUCGUUCUUUGCGAGACGAUCAAUUUCGACCGCGACCGUGUCUCGGUUGAUUCGCUCACGUACAAUGAGAUUGACCCUGAGAGGAACACGGCUGAUUCUUUCCGGUUGCUGUUUGACAACACCCAUGACAAGUACAUCACCGGCGUCAUCACCGAGUUUGAAAGCGGAGGCGGCAACUCGCCAGCUCAGGCCAUUUUGGCCUUGCUAAGGAAGCAGGAAGACCCUCUGAUUGAUUGAUUGAUUGAUUGCUCGAGAUGAACCGGGUCAGCGGGACAGCGAAGGU